GUUUCCGGCAGUAAUUGACAGAACUGUAUUGUCAGUUGUAAUGGUUCCCUCCGAUGACUUAAGUUUUUCUACUUGCCAUUUUAAGCUGUCGUCCUGAGAAGAGGUUCUAAUUGCUGAUCUUUAUUGGCUAAAUUUUCUCAUCUGAUAGCAAAAUGUUAAUUAUAGUGAAAAUAAGAAGGUUACAAGGAAAGGAUGAAGAAAUUAAUAUUGAUAAUGCGUGCACAAUAUCAGAAUUAAAACAGACUCUUCAUCAGCGAUUGGGCAUUGAUCCCUCACAACAACGGCUAAUUUUUUGUGGACAUGUUCUGGAUGAUAUCAGAACAAUUUCUGAUUGCAACAUUGGUGAUAACCAAGUGGUGCAUAUGGUUACUAGUUCACCACCAUUCCCUGCAAGAAGUCAACAAGAACCUGAUCUCUCCGAAACUGAAAAUGCUUCUGGUCCACCAACAGUUGGCCAAUCAAGUUUUGUUUUCGUAUCACAUGAAGAUCAAGGGUCUACGUCACCUACUGCAAUACGCUUGAGGAUUUUGCACACUGUGGUCUCUGAAUUAAGGACAAGAAUACUGGAACUAGACUCGGGUGCAGAUGUUGAGAGUAGUCGACAGGCUGUGGAGGACAACCCUGUGGCCGAAUUCGCCCGACUGAUUGAAGAAAUCCAUAGGCUGGAUAGACUUUUCGAAACACAUCGUGAAAAUUAUAUAGGCAUCAUUAAUGAAAUUCGCGACACCAAUGGGUCCCGCGAUGAAAGAAGCAUCCAGGCGAGAAUGCGCUACUCGGAGCAGAUCAAUGGAGUCUUUCAUAGUUUUGCGCACGCAUUUCAUCUGAUAAGUGAUAUUGCAAUGCUGGAAUCACCUAAUGGUACACAGCUGGCUUCAGAAGCGUUUUUACGUUACAACAGGGACGAGACGGGUAUCGUCGAAACGCAUUCCGGUCGCAUUGGGAACAUGGACGGCAAUAACGAUCCGUUUAAUGUGGAAAUUGAUCCUAUCAUGAUCCAGUUACAAAUAGAGACCAGCGAAACUACGAUGGCUCAAAGGAAUGCGGCCAAUCCUCCCCCCGAUGCUGAUAUGGAUGAUUUAAACCCCGAUGAACUGAUGCAGCAGGACGCGAACUUUUCCAACCCCCAAGAAUACCUAAGAAGUCUCCAACAGAGGAUGUUAAAUAUUGAACAGCAUGUUGAACACGCAGCUAGGGAGUUAGAAAUAUAUAUUUAUGACGAAGCCAUUCCAUAUUUUUCCGUAUCACCUACGAAUAAUAUAAGUCGAGUUGGACGUGAAAUAGAGAACGCCGAGGGUCGGCCUCAUAAUUCUGACGUUAUGCAACCAGGUUUGAGGAGCACUGCUGCUGCCCUGGACUUCGGAAUGGAGGUGGAUGAUUCGCCAUUAGGCAACGCUAAUUUUCAGGAAUUUCUUGGAAAUUCACCCAAUUUGGCAGAAAACACGGAAACGCCUGGUAGUGUGCCAACGGAUUUAAUUCAGCAAAUCCUAUCUUCGGUUUUAAGAAACGAAGUACAAGAUGCUCACUGGCCUAAUCCCGAUCAGAAUGCGACCCCUCCGGCUCCGAAUCCAGAAAAUGAUCAAACGCCAAGACGGACAGUUGAAGAUUCACCUGGUCAUGAAGCAAGGCGCGAUUUGUUCUCAAACAUCGUAUAUGAUCAGGCGAUGCCUUGUGAAAGUAGACACAUCCCACGCGCCCUGCAUCUGAGAAGUGGGAACAGUUCAGCUGAACCUCUGCAGCAUAAUGAUUCGGUGUCCACCCGGGCCUUUUUCACGAUUCAGUCCCUGUACGACAGGUUGGAGAGGAACCCAAGAUCGCCGGAUAAUUUGGUGAUAGCAUGCUUCUUGCUUCUGCGAGAGUCCUUGGUACCAACCGAGUCCCGCUACCUCGGCACAAUGGAGGUGCUUCUAGUUGGUGAUGUGGUGGUCAACUUCUUCAGGGGCCUUUUGCUAAACAUAACCCAAGACCAAUCGGUUAUGAGAGUGACGGACAUCAUCAUAUCCAGACACACCCAAUUUUUUAGACGCGUUCCUCUCAUGGUCGAUGUGUGCCAGGGCAUCAAUAUGACCGCCUCUAUUCGUGCGGUAUUGACUCAUCACUUGCCCGCUAUUUUUAAUUUGAUCUCCAUAAGGGAUCCGAACGAGUUUAGCAGAAUCAUGAGGUCCGUGGUGCCAGAGUUUUACCACGAUAUUUCUGUUGUCCUAUUCCAGUGUGUUGAAGAAGCUUGCAUGGCUUUGGAAACGGUUUACCGUGCGUAUUUGAUCGAUUGCGUUCGCACUAUGGACGACACCAACAGGGACUUGCUGAUGAAUGUCGCAUUUUAUUGUAUGUCUGUGGGAGUGUAUCGUGCGAGUAUGUCUUUGGACGAGCCUGCGAACUUCAUCGUACCCCGCAACACGUUGGACUGUAACACUUGUUGGACCGAUGAGCCACAACCAUCCACAUCACGGGCGACUGAAAGCAACGUGAACCUAGCCCGUGACAUGUAUUCUGGAAAUUUGCCAAGAGCCCGCCCAUCGUCGACUUCCAGGGUCCAAAGCAUGAGAAUAAGGUCAGUUAUUCCGGUGGAUGCAAAUAGGCCAACCAGGAAUACCAGCUCCGAGAUGCCCAGGCCCCAACCCGGAACGAAUUCCGCUAAGCCUCCAGUUACCGAAGCACCAGCUUCUACGGCCAUGUCCGUGUCUGGACCAGAUUCCACGUUUGUACCGGAUUCAGCAUGUUCAGCAUCAACUUCUACGUCAGCGACAGCUCCUUCAGGAUCAGAUUCUAUGUUUCUGACGCCAGCCCCCUCAGCAUCGACUUCUACGUCAGCCCCCUCAGCAUCGACUUCUACGUCAGCUCCCUCAGCAUCGAUUUCUACGUCAGCCCCCUCAGCAUCGACUUCUACGUCAGCGUCAGCUCCUUCAGGACCAGAUUCUAUGUUUCUGACGCCAGCCCCCUCAGCAUCAACUUCUGCGUCAGCGUCAACUCCUUUAGGACCCGAUUCUAUGCUUGCGACGCCAGCACCCUCAGCAUCAACUUCAUCAGAACCAGAGCCCAGGCCGUCAACUUCAUCGGCACCAGUGCCCGGGCCAUCAUCUUCAUCAGUACCAGUGCCCGGGCCAUCAUCUUCAUCAGAACCAGUGCCCGGGCCAUCAACUUCAGCUACUAAUCGCACGCUACCUAUGGCAUUGGUGCAAUUUGUAUCUAGCAACAUGCUAGGAGAUACGCCAGCCUAUACCUUAGUGAACGAAUCCAAUGUUGACUGGUGGACUUUAGAGGAUGAUCAGCUGAUAGCGAGAGAUGAAGAGAGCGAAUCCGGCCGUGAAUCCCCUUCUAGUGACGCCUAUCAUGUCGGAAAUUCUCAGCACAACCAGGAAAUUCUACCUACAGAGCUCGAUGCGUUCGCAGAGUAUGUUUUUAAUGAGCUCGGCGAAACCACAGUGGUCAAUGACCAUUUGCGCAGCAUGUUCCUGUCGUUCAUCUGCCGCAGUGUUUUGGAGCGCAUUGAGCAGUCACCAGACUAUGACCACAUCAAAUUCCUCGCUACGAGACUACUCACUGAUGACACUAUUUCGCCAGAAGACAGACGUAGGUAUGAAAAAGAAUUGCGCCGUCGCUGGAAAAAAAUGCGAUCCUUCGAUAGGAAUAAAUAGACAUAGAUCCGAUACCGUCCUAGUUAAUCAAUUUGUUCGAGACUUAUUUCUUCUUUAGAGGCUGUUUAAAACUAUCAAUUUCCAUGUAUAGUUAAUGGCCUCUAUCAUAGCUUUUUUAAAAACAGCCGUUGUGCAGGUACACUGAAAAGAGCUGUUUAAUUAGUUUAAGUAUAGUUCAGUGUUUGAGGCCAAUUUAGGAUAGUAUUUAUAAAAUAAAUUGUAUCUAAAGAUGUAUUCUUAUCUCUAUGUCAGCCUAAACGCGCCUAAUACUCGCGAAGGCUGCAAGUUAGCAUUUAACAAAGGUAGAAUGGAAUUAUUUUCCAGCUCUUGGAGAUGGAAUAGUCUUUGAAUGCUUACGUUUCCAUUUUGUUUUUUUUUUUAAACAAAAUGAAUUUCUUAUUUUUUUUUUGUAUGAUAAGUUUCGAUACACAGAAAGCAGAGACGCUGUGUAACCUCACGGGUAUGAUUGUGCAUGCGUUUUUUAAAUUAUCUAGUCUGUGAGCAGUGUAAAUUUGAUGUCGCUUUGAAUGUGACAAGAUAAUGUCGUAAAUUAAACUAAUGGAUAUAUUAUGUUAUAAGCUUUUCACCAUAGUUUACAGCUCCUAUUGGUUGAAAAUAUUUGUGUCUACUUAUCAUGUAUCAACAAAUAUGAUUUUGUAUUAUAUGGAUGGAUCUAUGUCGCUUUUACGAUUGUGAUUUUUAUAUUAUUCAAUAUUACAUUAAAGUACAAUGAUUUUUACAUUUUUUACUACUGAUUUAAUGAAUUAAUAUUGAAUACUUAUGUAAUAAAAAAAUCUUUCAUUACUAACUACUAUAUACUACAUUAAAGAUAGUAUAUCAAACUUUGUUUCUGUUUAUUUGAGCGACAUAGAAUCAUACUUAACACGCCCAUGUGGCUCCUUUAAUUAAAUUUCGAUAGUUUGUCAGUUUUUUAUGCGUUCCAAGUUGUUUUAUGAUUAAGUUUGUAAAAUUUUUACCAGCAUGUUUGGUAUUUCAAAUGAUUUUGUUAUUCGGUCCUGUAAACACUGAAAAUUUAAAUAAAUGUUUAUAUAUGA